CAGACGAUCUUUGUGUUGUACAAAGACAGCAAAGAACUGACGCCAGCAGCAGCCACAGCACUCAAACCCCGGCUGUGUUUAUCGGACAGCGCUUUUGUGCAAGUGAUCCAUUCAGCGCGGUUGGUACAAACUUUACUCGGUUUCAGUCUCACUCACGCCAUGGCCAGGGCCCUUUAAAGCCUGAUACAGAUGUCAGGACUUGGGAACUUGUAGCCGGUGUGUCGGAGUGCUACAACACAGCGGAACAGGAGGUGACAGCAAGUGACAGGAGCUGAGAUUGACAGGCAAGUCCUGAAACAUACUCCUGGUUAGUGUUGACCAAUGGAUGAGGAUGAAAUCAUGUGAGCGUGUACUAGCCUCGCAGCGCCAUGGACUUGUAGCUGAGCAAACUCUCACCUCAAUGGACUGGGGGCCUCGUCUGUACGUGGUUGACCUUCUCUCAUCAACCUGAGAUCUACGGGGUCAGAGAAGCAUUGGACUCAGACCAGGAAAGAAAACCAGGUUUCAAUGGCUCAAAUAGUGCAGGGAAAGCUGACGCUACCUAAAUGAGGGAGACAAUGAAGGCGGGAUCACUGGAGCACAGACCUCGAAGCGAGCUGACUGACCAACUGACUGACUAAGGGAGUGGGUUGCUCACUGACUGGAGCUGUGGCUAUUUGAGGAAUUUAAGGACACAUAGCCCCUGGCAGGUACCGGCCGGGUGUCGGAGCCCCACCAUGGGGGAGACGGCAGAAUACCAGAGGCUGCAGGAGACGUCAGAGCCUGACUACCAACGCCUGCCCAGCGAUGACGAAGAGAAGCUGGGCAGUAGCAUGCAGUGUGAGGAAGGCACAGAAUGGCUGUUGGAGCUGCUAAUGGAGGUGCAGCUGCAGCAGUACUUCCUGCGGAUCCGAGAUGACCUGAAUGUCACGCGGCUGUCACACUUCGACUAUGUCAAGAACGAAGACCUGGAGAAGAUCGGCAUGGGUCGACCUGGACAGAGACGACUGUGGGAGGCUGUGAAGAGGAGGAAAGCCAUGUGCAAGCGCAAGUCCUGGAUGAGCAAGGUGUUUAGCGCUAAGCGUCCAGACGGAGGAGACUUCCCCCAGCAGGGCCAUCCGGCCUCCUCCUUUCGUAAGCUGUCUCCCACACCUCCUUUGGGCCUGGGGGAGGGAGUCCUGGCCACACAGUCCAGUGGUGAUGCUCCUCUUGACGGGCAACAGCAGACCCUGACCUGCCUCAUCCCAGAGAAGGAUCUGACGCUGUUUGAGAAGCUGGGGGACGGCUCCUUUGGCGUAGUGAAGAGAGGAGAAUGGCUGACACCUGCAGGGAAGGUGCUGAAUGUAGCUGUGAAGUGUCUGAAGACAGAUGUGCUCAGCCAGCCCGAUGCUCUGGAGGACUUCAUCUGUGAGGUCAACGCCAUGCACUCCCUGGACCACCAGAACCUCAUUCGCCUCUACGGUGUGGUGCUCACACACCCAAUGAAGAUGGUGACUGAGCUGGCUCCUCUGGGUUCUCUGCUGGAGCGUCUGCGAUGUGUCCGUCCACAGGGCCCAGUGUUGAUCCACACCCUGUGUCAGUAUGCUGUGCAGGUGGCCUGUGGCAUGGCCUAUCUGGAGCAGAGGCGGUUCAUCCACAGGGACCUGGCAGCCAGGAACAUCCUGCUGGCCUCAGCUCACAGAGUGAAGAUCGGUGACUUUGGCCUGAUGAGAGCACUGCCUAACAACCAUGAGCACUAUGUCAUGCAGGAGCAUCGAAAGGUCCCCUUUGCAUGGUGCGCCCCAGAGAGUCUGAAGACCAGAACGUUCUCCCAUGCCACAGACACAUGGAUGUUUGGAGUCACUCUCUGGGAGAUGUUCACACAUGGCCAGGAGCCUUGGCUGGGCCUUAAUGGGAGCCAGAUCCUACACAAGAUUGACAAAGAAGGUGAACGCCUCUCUAAGCCUGAAGACUGCCCGCAGGACAUCUAUAACGUCAUGCUGCAGUGUUGGGCUCAGAAAUCAGAGGACAGACCUACCUUUGUUGCACUGCGGGAGUUCCUCCUUGAGACCAUGCCCACAGACAUGUGUGCUCUGCAGGACUUUGACGAGCCUGACAAACUCCUGAUCCAAGUCAAUGAUGUCAUCACCAUCAUAGAGGGGAGGGCAGAGAACUACUGGUGGCGAGGUCAAAACAAGCGGACCCUUAAGGUCGGACAGUUCCCCAGAAACGUGGUGACAUCAGUAGCGGGUUUGUCAGCACAUGACAUCAGUCGGCCACUCAAGAACAGCUUCAUCCAUACGGGACACGGAGACACCAACCCUCAUCAAUGCUGGGGCUUCCCGGACAGGAUUGACGACUUGUACCUCGGUAAUCCUAUGGAUCCUCCUGAUGUCCUUGGUUUACACCUCAGUGGUGCUCGGCCCACACAGCUACCAGGACGAGCUAACAAGCCUUGCUAUGAUCCAGUAAACGAUGAUGAGGAUCUGACUUCGGCAGGACUAAAGAGGUUAUCACUUCGUAAAACAGGUUCUGUCAAAGGCUUAAAACUUAAACCCGCUGCGUGGGUCUCUGCUUCCAAGCAGGGGAGUGGCCGGAUUUCAGGCUCAGGCCACAUCCUCAACAGUGAAGUGUCCCUCAUUGACUUUGGGGAGGAGUUCCCCCCGCCUGCACCCUCUCCCUCCCCUGUGGUCGAAAUUCAGAUUCCUUCACUGGCAAAGCUAGCUUUGCAAGCAGAGAACAUCCUGGACCGGACUCCACCUCAGAGUCCAUCUAGAUCAUUGCCCCGUCCCCUUCACCCUACGCCAGUAGUGGACUGGGAUGCUCGGCCAUUACCUCCACCCCCGGCCUAUGAUGAUGUAGCCCAAGAUGAAGACGAUAUGGAGGUGAGCUCCAUCAACAGCUCGGAGCAGCAGCAUGAAGAGGAACAGAGUGACGUCUGUAACCCAGAUGAGGCUCUCUCCUCUGGACAGAAAGUGGAGGGUGAGACUUUUGUCUCCAGGGGUCCAGACAGACCAGACCUGGACGACAACCUCUUUCUUCCUGGCAAGCAGAGCCAGGUGCUGUCCACUUCCUUCUCCCAGUCAGCAGAGAUCUUCCAAGAACUCCAGCAAGAGUGCAUGAGAAGGCUCAAUGUACCGACUAGAAGUGCUACGCGGUCAAGCUCGCCAUACCAGAGCUCAGCCUCGUGUCCCCAGACUCCACAGACCCAGGAGGGACAUCAGCAGAGUGUCCUCUGCUCCAGUGAGGACAAACCCCAGAUCCCUCCACGUGUCCCCAUACCUCCUCGCCCUAUAAAAAGGGGCGACUACACAUCUGCUCGCUGGUCAAGGGAUCUCUCCCUGUCACCGACGCCAGCUGACACCACAGAGGACGUUUCUGGGCCAGACCAGGACCGGCCACCUCAGAUCCCUCCCAGGGACCCUUUGUCCCAGCCGGGCUCCCGGACUCCCAGCCCCAUGGGCCUGGUAGUGGGCUCCCCUCAGCAGAGAGUCUACUCUGUCAGUCCCACCACCAUGCAAGCUCCCCUCUCCUCUUGCCCCUCCACACACACCUACGGCUCCUACCUCUCCACCUCUCCAGGUAAACUCAUGCCUACCACACACAGCUUUGCCUCAGAUCCUAAAUAUGCUGCACCCAAAGUGAUCCAGGCCCAGGCACAGGGGAAGGACACUGCCAGCAAGGGCCCCUGUAUCCUCCCCAUCGUCCGUGAUGGACGUAAAGUCAGUAACACCCACUAUUACCUUCUACCAGAGAGGCCCCCAUACCUCGACCGCUACGACCGUUUCUUCAGGGAGGCAGAGAACCUCCCUGCCAGCGGUGUGGAGGAAAGACAUGUACGGCAAGCUAACACUGCCACUGUCAGACCCAUGGUGGUCAGCAGCCAGACACUCCAGGGACACGCCCAGGGACAGGGGCUUGUCCAGCCAGGCGAACUGAAGGCUAAUUUCUCCACCAACAAUAACAGCAGUCUGGGUGGACCACGGUCAGGGAUGAAGACAUCAGUUAGUCUCCCUCGUGUCUGUUCAGAAGGGCUUGCAGCACUGGUGGUCAAUGCUUCCUGCACCAGGACAGACGGAGGAGGAAACUCAGCUGAAAGGGUGAAAAUGGUGCAGGAGGCAGUUCACGGUGUUACAAUAGAGGAGUGCCAAGCUGCCCUUCAGAACCACAACUGGAAUGUCCAGAAAGCUGUGCAUUAUCUAAAGGUUGAGCAGUUGUUCUGUUUGGGUCUGAGGAACAGGUCAGAGUGUCUAAAGCUGCUGGAGAUGUGUGACUGGAACUUAGAGGUGGCCAGCACACAGAUGUUAGACAACUAUGGAUCCACAACAAGACCGAGACGGUGACAGAAAUUUCAAGCUGCUGAGCUAUGACUGGAACUUCAUCUUCAGUAAAACAUCAGAGGAGGAGGUGAAUUUGCUCCUGACCCUUCCUGUUUAUGCUUCAGACACACAGAAGACUGUAAUUUGACUGUGGAAGAAUCCAGCACAUUUUCAGUGAACUAGCACAAUAUACCAAACUUUACAAUGGCUCCAUUCAUGCAUAACAUGGACAAAAAUAUUUAGCCUGGGGCAAAUAUAAUGUUUUGGGUCACUUUUUGACUUUGAUCAGAAAGAUAUGUGAUUGUUGCACUUAUUAGAGAAUUGCAGACCGCCAUCUUCCAUCUUUUUAAAGUUAUUGAAAGACAAAGACAGUGCUACCACACUGCCUCACUGCUGCACUUACACUGUUGACCAACUGCAGAGAGAUACUUCAAUCUUUUCUUUCAUUUACGGCAUGAGCACUUCCUAAAAAGAUCCAUACUUUACCAUGAGGUCAUUAUAUUUUGUCAGAAUAUGCCAGGAAUGAGCACAGUCUGACUAAAAACUGGAAUCUCAUUUAGUGAACAGUGUCAAAAACAGUGUCAUAUUGUAAAUCUACCAUGUAAAAGCACAACACAAUACAAAGCUAGUAUUUAAUUGGCUCUCCAGGCCACACUGUGCAGGAAAUCAUUUGGCCCGUUUACAGUUAUAAAGAGGGGUGGGGAUGUGAUUAUGAAGAUUGUUUGCUGCUGAAAGUCGAGGAAAAAUAUGCAAGAAAAAAUGCUGUUGCAAAAGAAACAUUUAGGUUUCUCUACAAUAACAAAAUGCUUACAUCCUCAAUAAUCUGUAUUUGGCGCGGGACAUUUAUCAACAUUGACCCCAUGCUGUGCUCUUUGUGCUAAGAGUCAAAGGUCAAACCGGUAAAAUAUUGACCUCAAUUUAGAGAAUUAACAGAAAUAAAUCAGAUUAGCAGUUUGUCCAAGAUUCACUUAUUUUUUUCAAAACUGUCUAAUUUAUAUUCAGAGGGUGUAAGCCGUAAACCCAUUAUAAAGAGACAUUUAUGUAUUUGUGAACUAAAUAUUGAUAUUUUAAUAUAUUUUCAACACAAAGUUCAGAAACAAGAGAAAACUGUUAUGUCCAUUCCUGGGCAGGCCAUUAUAUAUUUACAAAUGUGUCACUCAUUAAGUUAAAUAGUGUAGCACCUAUUGCCACGUCUGGCAGUAGAAACGUCCUACACCCCAGACAUAGUCUUUCCUUAUUCCUUCCCUCUAAGCACUUUGCCCAUACAGAACUCCCAUGCAUCAGCUGAAAACUCUUGCCAGCUUGGUAUUUUCUGCGUGCACACAGACUACAUUGGCAGCUAAUAUCAGCAACGUAGGGACAUUUGUCCCAAGGCACAGAUCCUGUCCCUUAAUCAUCACUUAACCACAACUGUGAUAUUUUGGUCAGCAGCUUUAGGGGCAAUAAUUUAAAUCUCGGCAGACGUCUUAGCUCUGGGUGAACUCACUGCUGGACGUGACAAUACAUCUUCUGACUAGGUAUCAUCAUAGCAGAGCCCUCAGUAGUGAAUGGCUCUCAGGCUUUUGUUCUCCCGUUUUAUUCAAGAUGCACUUAGUUUGUGAGGACUCUUCUAAAAGGAAUAGUAAUAAAAGGCAUUCCACCGGCUUUGACAUCUAAAAUUGACUUUUAUGUGGUCAACCGAAAGUGAAAAAAAAACAAUACUCUACAGGCAAUUUAAAGCUUCUUUCUUUAGUAAAAAAUAAUUUAUUUAAAUUACAACACAAGUCCACAUGUAAACUCUGGCUUUGCUCCAAACCAACCAGACCCUCCAUAUAUUCACUAAAACCCUAGAAUCUGACUGGGCUAAGCACAAGCCGUUUGGGCAGAUUUAUAUGACAACCUCCAGUAAAAGUUCUCUCCUGUGUGCAAUAAGCACAUGAAACCACCCAGUCUGUCCAUCCAUGAGUGCCAUCCAGUUGUGUGAAAAGAUCUCUGUCAUGAUGGAUCCUAAGUGAACUCACAGGAAACACCGUCUUCAGUAUGAAGUGUUUGGUGACUUAGUUUUCCUUUGCAGAGUAGGAUGAAGUUCUGUUUAAACAAUGAUCCAGAGUCAAUUUUGCCAUGUCCCCCUCUGGUGUGCUAUGAUAAAGCUGAUUGUUAACCAGUGCAUGAAGACAACUUGAUGUGAGAGCCGCCUCCACAGUCUGUUCAUGUGUUGUUUGUCUUUAUACCAAGCUGCUGUAGUUGUAUUGAAGGACUGAAGUGAACCUUGUGGUGUUAUGAUCAACCCAAAGCUCCUGUUGUGGUGUUGAGACUCUGAUGUUCAGUUCUGUUUAGUCUUUGUUCGCCAGAUCUAUUUCUUUAGAAACUGUCUGUGAUUUUAAGUCAUUUAUAUUGUCUUUGCUGUUUUUCCUUCAGUCCAACUUGCCAUUUCUUCCUCAUUUGUAUGUAUGUGCUUCCCAGAAUGUGUUUUAUUUUAAAUGCCUACUGUACAGUUGGUUUUCAUUGUUUCUCUCCUCCAGGGUUGAUGGAAAUGUUAAAGAGAAGUUCAUGCUGCCGAAUUUAUAAAUGUAUUUUUUAUUAAAGAAUGAAUUAUUUUCUA